AUGGAUAACUUCCAAAGAGUCGAUAUUUUUAAUGAAAAUCCUUAUACCCAAUUAACCAGCUCAAAAGCAAACAAAUCCCUCCGUAUACAUUCUACUGGAAGGGAGAGAACUUUCAGAAGGCUAUUUGGUUUACUACGAUCUGCCAAGAAUAAUACUGCUUUCAAUAAUAGAGAUCAACCACAAUUAAAGACAGGUAAAAAGCUCACUGAUCUUCCAACAUUUCAUAGCAUAAAACAUUUUACAUGCUUGGAUAAAGAUGUACCAAAUUAUCAAAAAAACCAAGAUAAACUAGUUUUUAACUUAAAUGCACAUGCAAUUGCUCAAACUGGUAGUAUUCAUGCGGAAGCGGAAAUAUUCAAUCAUAUAUUUAAUAAUACCUAUGACUCUAUCAGAGAGUGUAGUAACGAUCUGAAUACUAGAAUAUGUUUUCAAAAUAUCCCUAAUGAUACUGGUAUAACAAGUAUAAUUUCUCAAAUUGUUGGAGGACCAUUAAAACGAAUUAGAGUGAUUCACAAUAAUGAUAAGAGAGGGACUUUAAAGGAAGUUCAAAUUGAAUUUAAGAAUAGGAUGGGUGCAGAAGCUUUCAUGAGAUAUGGUUGUAGGUCUCAUUUUAAAAUAAAUGGAGUGCAUUUAGAGCCCCAGUGGUCAUUAUAUCAUUAUUCUGAAAAAUCAAUACCAAAUUUCAAAUUAUACAACGGUGAAGAAGUUAGUCGUUCAUUAGUUUUAAAAAAAUAUUCCGAUAAAUUAAAAAAAUCUUCACAUUGCAAAGAACUUAAUAUCCCUUUAUACCCUUUAAAUGUAUGUGAUAUUAUUAACGAUUUUUCAAAAUUUGGUAAAAUAAUUAGUGUUGUUCCAGUGGUAUCCAGAAAACUUUGUAUCUCAAUAUUUUAUAUGGAUAUUCAAAGCUCAAUAAACGCAAUUGAAGCUUACCAUAAAGAAGGAUCUCCACUCUUCCUUAAAUAUUCAAAAGUUUGGUUGGUAUGGUUUGGAAAAGAUGUUUCAGAUACACCGUCCUUAGAGUUUUAA